AUGGCUCUUGAAAUUCCAAGUGAAUACGGAUACGUGAUUAUCACCGGUGUCGCUUCAAUAUUCUUAACGACAUAUCUCGGUUUUCAAGUGGGUGGAUAUCGUAAAAAAUCAGGUGUUACUUAUCCUUACAUGUACGCUACCAAAGAAGAAGCGGAGAAAGAUCGCAGCAAGUUUAUUUUCAAUUGUUAUCAAAGAGCUCAUCAAAACACUCUCGAAGUUCUUCCUCCAUUCCUCUUUACUCUUGCGGUUGGUGGUUUAAAACAUCCCAUUAUCGCUUCUGUGGCAGGUGGUACUUGGAUAUUGGGUCGAUUGGUUUACGCAAAGGGCUAUCAGACCGGCGAACCUGAGAAAAGAUCUCGUGGAGCCUUUUCUUAUCUUGGCGUUUUAGCAUUGUUGGGUACUACCAUUUCUACUUCC